AUGGAUCAACUCAAAGAAAAGACUUUUGUCAAUGAGAUCGAACUCGACAUGAUAACAGUGUUUGAUCGGGGAGAUAUUAAAGAUUUAAUCCAUAUGUUAACUUCUGAAUUGAAAGCCAAUGGGGCCAAGAUUCCCUACAUUUUCUUACCAUUUAGAGUCCAAAAUGAUGACAAAAAAUUGUCCUUCUUUUUACAAAAAGUGCUACAAAACUUGAAUAAUCCGGAGUUAGUGAAGAAGAUCAUUAAAAGAACAGAUUGCUUCACUUUGAUGUCAGCUCUCAAGUUUUUGUGGUGCCGUUUACCAGAUUCGUGUGUCAUUGGCUGGUCUUCUUAUGAGAAGUUCAAGACUUUGGAACAAAAGAAAAACUACCCAAAGAAUGCGUUUUUGGAAAUCAUGCCCACAUGUUUACCUUCAGCAGAUCAUGCAUCGAUAGUUUACGAUUUCUUGGACCUCUUGGUGAGAGUUGCCGCUUAUACCAAAGAAAACCAUUUAAGUGGGAGAAAAAUCUCUAAGUUGGCUGGUAUUUGGGCAUUCUCGGGAAUGGUUCCAAAGUCCUUGAAAGAAUCAACUAAUUUCUCUUUGGGUUUCGAUUAUGAUGGGCUGAGCAAUUCAUUUAUCGAUGGUUUAGAGGCAUGGUUACCAGCGUCGGAGGCGAUGUUCCAUUUGCUAUUGGCCUUUUUAAGGUCAAUGUUGCCCUCUGAUUCCAAUGCAAAAGUCAAAAUUCAAAGAUCCUUACAAACAUUAUUGGCCAGUAAUCCCUAUCCCCCAGAAAACAGCUUGGCAUCAUCGCAUUUGACAUCGAUGCCAUUAAUCACAAUUUAUAGUAAAAAAUUAUCCCUGGACCCUGUGGAAUUACUUGCAAGAACUUCUAAGACAUUGUCAUUUGACAAACCCGACUAUUUCGAAGCAAAAGAAGACUAUUUAGUAUUGAAGUACCUAUUACAAGAUCCGGAUGAAACCAUCAUUGAAAAAUUGACCCCUGAAUCAAGAAAAAUAGUUGAUAAAUUAUGUACCGACAAGAAAUAUUUUAUGUUGAAGAAUGGCUGGUUUCAAAAUCAGAAUUCCGAAGAUUUAGGAGAGUUUAACGUUCAUAAAGCUUCAGUGUCUAGAAUCGCCAUUGAUGAUUACUAUAUAUGGACCUGGAUGUCGAGUAUAUCUUCUGAAUCAUCUGAUCAAGUUAGGAAAUUAUUUGGUAAAUCUUUAGUUGCUGAAUUUGAAUUCCAGAAAAAUCAAGUAAAAUGGCUAAUCAUUCAAGAAUGUGAAAUUGAUGAUGAAGAAGAUGAGGAUGAAAUGCAUGGACAGGCAGAUGUGUUAUAUGCCAGUCAAGCAUCUUCUGCAGUUCCUGACUCACUUUACAGCGAUUCAAUUCAACCUAGCACAAAUAUUGAAUUAUAUAAUCCUGACGCUCGGAACUCGCAUGGCGCUUCUACGAGCCUGAGGACUAUCAAGGCCGAUUCACCAAGUAGACCCCCAGAAGUCCCAACCAAGAAUUCUCCAAAAAGGGCAUCGCGACCUCCGCCGAGUAAUGAUUCACCAACAAGAUCAAUAGAAGAAAACGAGGAUUAUAGUCAAGGAUACUAUCAUCAACCUCAUCCAGUCAGGAGAAAACCUCCGCCAUCGGGUCAACAGGCUCCUCUCCCUCCUCCUCAACAGCAACACCCGCAGCAGCAGCCAGCAGGACAACAAUAUAGGCAGCCAGCACCAAGAGGACCUCCUCCUCCACAACAACAGCAAGAAUACUAUUACGAUUAUAACCAGGGAGAUUACUAUUACUAUGAUCAGGGAUACUAUCAACAUCCACCAGCUUCGGCGCCUCCGCAAGGUUACGCUUCACCGGCCCCUCAUCCAGUAGGAAGAUAUUCUCCAACAAGACAAGGUCCUCCUCCUCCUGGUGCCUAUAGAGGUCCUCCUCCUCCUCCUCCUGGUGCAUACAGAGGUCCUCCUCCUGGGUAUAGACAUAAUCCGCCACCAGGACCAGGUUAUCACCAUCCUCCUCCGGCCCAGUAUACCAGAUACGGUCCUACUGCAGCCAAUAAUCCCCCACCGGCUUCUACCAACCAACAAAAGCAGGUCAAUACCAGUGACGCUGCUAUUGCAAACAUGCCGACCCCUGCAACAAGUGGGUUCAAUAAGUUGCACGGACCAACUUCAAAACCUGCAGACAAAAAAGCCUUGAGAAGUGCAUUUGUUAGUGGUGAUUUUGGUAUCUAA